GCGGCGCGGCCGCGGGGAUCGCUGGGGGCGAUGGCGGCCGGGCGGGCCGCGGGUGGCGGCGGCGGCGGGAGGCGGCGGGCCGUGUCCCCGCCCCGCGGCGCUCUCCCCGCACACGCCCGCCCUGCGCCGCCGCUGCCAUUGGGAGCCGAGCAACGCCGAGCCGAGCCGUGCCGAGCCCAGGCAGCCGCCGGUCCCGCUCCGCCGCCAUCGCCAUGAGCUUCUUGUUUGGUAGUCGCUCUUCCAAAACCUUCAAACCAAAGAAGAAUAUUCCAGAGGGGUCUCACCAGUAUGAGCUGCUAAAACAUGCCGAAGCCACGCUUGGAAGUGGUAACCUCCGGAUGGCCGUUAUGCUUCCAGAGGGUGAAGACUUAAAUGAAUGGGUUGCAGUUAACACUGUCGACUUCUUCAACCAGAUCAAUAUGCUUUAUGGAACCAUUACAGACUUCUGCACAGAGGAGAGCUGCCCUGUGAUGUCUGCUGGCCCCAAAUAUGAGUACCACUGGGCAGAUGGGACAAACAUAAAGAAACCAAUUAAGUGCUCUGCACCAAAGUACAUUGAUUACCUGAUGACUUGGGUCCAGGAUCAGCUGGAUGAUGAAACGCUAUUUCCUUCUAAAAUAGGCGUACCGUUCCCAAAGAAUUUCAUGUCGGUGGCAAAGACAAUUUUAAAGCGUCUCUUCAGAGUUUAUGCUCACAUCUAUCACCAGCACUUUGAUCCUGUGAUCCAGCUACAGGAAGAGGCACACCUUAACACUUCUUUCAAGCACUUUAUAUUUUUUGUUCAGGAAUUCAACCUCAUUGAUAGAAGGGAACUUGCACCACUUCAAGAACUGAUUGAAAAACUCACCUCUAAGGACAGAUAAAAGGAAGAGGAUUUCUUGAAAUCACUUGUUUCUUUAAGCAAGCGUGUGGUAUUUUUUUGGUUAAUUUGUUGGUUUGUUUUUUUUUUUUUAAAAAAACAAAAACAUGUGCUGUUAUUGAUGACAGCCAAGGUCUACUUUCUGUGCUUUUCUUAAGGGAAAUCUUUUAUCUGUUAGUGACAUGUGGUAAAUAACUUUUUUUUUGGUUACUUUUUGAUUGUUGUUAUUCAUUGUGGAAUUUUAGCAGGUGCUGAGCGUUUAUAAAGGAAACAUGCUUGGUUGGGGGAUUGACUCUGCUGGUGGAUGGGUUCUUGUAUUGUCAGUGGUAGCCCAUUCUCAUGAAGUCCCUAAAAGACUUGCUUACAUUCUCUAAGUGCCUUGGCAGACUCACUUCUGAGGUGCAAAGCACAUACAAUAUUGAACAUUGCUGGAAACAGAAAAUAUGGACUAACACCCAGGACACUUACUGAUACUUGUUAUAGAAAAAAACAUAUAUGCUUACACUAAAAAAAAGCCAUAACUUACUGAAAUCAAUGAUCUCCAGCUUUUAAUACAAAUAUUUGUCUUAUUUUUUUAGAGAUUAACACAGAAUAUUUCAAAACUAGAUAUUUCUUAUAAAGAAAAGUGAAGUUCUAGUCACUAAAGCAAAAUGAUGAAGGUGGUGUCAAAAUAUAAAGAACCUGUGCUUAGCAAGUAGUUACAUGUCUGUUGCCAUUGGUUUUGGCUUUUCAUAUUUGCUUUUAUUUUUUUUACCAGGGAAGCGUCAACUUGGGUCAGUCACUUCUGUUGAAUUUCCUAGUGUUUGCCAAAUGAAUAGUUAGUUUGCACAAAUACAGUUAGGGGAAAUAUUCAGUAUAUAUAUAUAUAUAUAUGUAAAAAUGCACUGGGGUAAUAAUAAGAAAAAAAUCUGGCUUGAAAAAUAAGUAGUGAAAUGAUGUAAGUUAUGAGUAAAAAGCCUGGCUCUGUGGAGGAGCUCUGGUGGGCAGUGUUUUCUGUGGUAGAAGAUGUAUCUUGGAGGGAAUGUAAUUUCACGGACCACUUUGGAUUAAAGUUAGCAUUAUGGUGUUCUACCCCAUUUAAAAUUGCAGCUCAUCUCCAAGGAACUACAGCAGCUGGGUAGAGUAAUAGGAAUGUACCGGUGAAUUUUUAGCAGGUUGUGAUUUGGUAAGUGCAUCUUCUAUUCCUGCGAAAAGCUAAUCAAAAUGUGGCCUUCCUCUACCUGGGUUGGUGUGUUUUGCCUCUCUAGCCUUGUGUUUUCUCACACCAGAAAUGAGAAUCGCCUGUGAGAAGUUAACCUUUGGGAUGAUUUGCAGAUGAUGAUUUGGAAAUUGCUUCUGCGACUGUAUCAGCCAUGUUUCCCGUGGCAGAAACCCAUAUGACUAGCUCUCUUGUUUAUUUAUGGAUUUUGUCAAAGCCAUUUUAAUUUGGGUUCAAAGAAAUCUGCAUUAGGUUCUGCAGCGUGCUAUCCCACAAUAUUGCUAGUUGCCAAAUACAGUAUGCUAGGCAGUUCAUGUUGCCAGGCUUUGCUAGAUUGUGAUUGCACAAACCCACCAUUUUUAGCCCUCAAUAACAUGAAGGCUUAAACUGACUGGUGAACGCUUGACUGACUCUUGAACUUCUAAAAUUUGCAGGUGAAGCCAAGGUUAGCAUAUGACAGAAAAGAUGAGCUUACGUUUUGUGUGCCUUUGCUUGACUGAAAAUGCUGAGUAAAGUGGAAAACUGUGCAACAGCCUGUAAAAUAUGUAAGUGGCCAUUAGUAUAGCCAGCUGAUAAACUUCUGAGUACAGUAAUAAAGAUGUACUCAUUUGGGAGACUGGAAUUGCUACUUUGGAGUUAAAAUGAUGUAUUUCCGAAGCAUCUGAAGCUUAUUUUAAGAACUGUGUUAGCUUCAGUAUAGCUAAAUAUUUCAUAGUCUGCUUAAACUGCUUCUUGAAGGAGCAGUUUACUGUUUUUGUUACCUCUUCUGUGUCUCAUUUAUUUAUCUGCCCUCCCUUCCCCCCAUCUUGAGAACAAUUGAGAGAACCUAAUAUUGAGGCAGAAAUAGGCAUUGUGCACUUGUUUCACUGCUUAUUAUUUAGAAAUGGAAACAUGGAGUGCUGCAUAGUGAGGAAUGGUCAUGCAGUGGUGUUCAGACUGAAUUUAGGUUUGGCUACACUAAUAUUAGGUAGAGAGGCUACUUGCAAAACACCUGCAGUUUAGCAUUUGUAAUUAAGACAGUCCUUGUCUUCAUUCGAAGCUUUAUUACCGUUCAAGAAAAUGUAGAAUGUGUUUGGCUCCUUUGCAGAUCAAUGUCAUUGCCCAUUACAAUCUGCUCAAAGAACAAGUGAAAUGUUCAGUUAUCCUUAUCUUUUGGCUUUUUCUACAUCACAGUGAAUUACCCAAGUUUUCUUAACGUGUGCCUGUCAAAGGAAAGGACUUCUAUAUUGUGUUUUUCUUAAUGUCAAAUCUUGGGGUUGGGUUUGAGUUACCACAGUCCACACCAAGUCAAGCUGAUGAUGCAAAGAGAGCUUUCCAUCAAAUAUUUUAACAAACUCCUAGUUUAAGAAAGGUGGAGUAAGGCCUUACCCCUUCUCAGCCAGUAAGGAUCUUGACUUUCCUGUGUGCGUACACACAUGUCAGAGGAAAAGAGGGGAAAUACUUAAUGUGUGUUGCUUCUUGAGGGAAUUAGGGGUUGGAAAAAUAUGCACGAGGCAAAAGCAAACAAGAAGCAUGAGCGCAGUUCCCUUUGGUGAGUUGCCUCUGACUGAAGUAUUUGCCCCAAUGCUUUUGUCAGUCCUGCUAUUCUGGCAAACAUGGGAUUUCCCCAUGUGAUUCUGUUGGCCAGUGGAAGAGUCAGUCUAUGCUGUAGCCUAAAUGCUGCUGCCUCGAGUCUAUUAGGAGGCUGAUAAAAAAGAAGGAGCUCCCAUAGGCAGAGCAUCUCAUGUGUUGGACCAGGCAAGUACCAUCCUGUUGAAGGAUCAGAGAAAAAGCAUGCCUCUGGUGUGCUUUAUCCUUUUUAUGUGCUGUAUGGUGCGUUUGGCAAGGUACCUGGGAAUGCAGUACUGCUACGGACUUCGCACAUCAUUGGUGAUGUCUGCAGCUGCAGGACCAUUUUGAACAGAGUGGCACACCUGACAUCUGAGCUGGACAUCACUAUAUGAGCCUGGCUUGGGAGCAGUCGGGUGGCGGUACUAGCUUUCAGUGCAGGGUUGGAGGGCUGUCUUUGUUCAGAAGCGAGUAAUGUAGGAGACACUAGUAUUUUCAGAGUUACAGAAGCGGUCAGCAUCCACCUGACUAUGCAGAAGCAGCUUCACUCCCAGAUUUGAACUGUCGAUUUUAAACAGACUGUGGUCAUGCAGGAAGCUGAAUUUAAGAACAUGAUCUUACACGACCUUUUGUGCAUGCUGCUAUCUGAGGAGUGUUAGUGACUGAAAAUUUCCAGCUACAGAGGCAUGAAGAGCACUGUGGCUGCAGUUUGAUAAUAAAAGUCCUGUAAACUUUGCAAUGAAAACAGCUUUGCUGAGUUGAGUCAGUGUUGCUCAAGAGGCUGCGUGUGGAUGUUCGCUGUGCUGAUAACGCUUACUGGAGAGGAGCCCUUUAAUCGGUGCUAGAGCUCAUGUUACCGCAUCGCAGCAGGAACAUGAGAGUGAAAAUGGCAGUACCCUGCUCCAAGGUGCUAAAUAGGAGGUACCUUCCUUUAGAUUUCAAGCUGUCUCACUGGUUUAGUGUCAUGUACCAGCAAGAAACUCAAAAGAAAAUUAUUUAGAAGUGAGGAUUUGCUUGGAGUGAUACCAGUGCAGUAGUUCUCGUUUUUGGCAUACUUCAGCUCUUGAAGGUGUGGUUUGGGUUUUGUUUGUUUGGUUGGAUUUUUAGUAGACAAUUUUAGAAACUCAGAGGCAUCUGCUGCAGUUUGUCCAAUCAAGAUUUAGAAUGUAUUAUGUAAAAAAACCAAAAGAAAAAAGAAAAAAAAGUCAUAUUAUAUGGAUAGUGUAUUUUUUGUAUUUAGUGUCUGGCAGUAGAAAACACCUUUACAGAAUAGUUUCUAGGCAUGUAAUAAAAGCUUGGAGAUCAUGAUUUGCCUGACAGCUGUAUGAACACAUUGUUUAAUUAUACAACACUUGAAAUUAACGAUAUUUAAUAUAUGUAUGCAGUGUUUGGGAUUUAGUAUCCCUAUGCUGUAUAUAUUUGCAGCUUUUAGUUGUGUGGUUUUUUUUUUUCUUCAAAAAGGUGUGGGACCAGAAGUUGAUGUGCGUUUACACUCUUGAAGUAAGGGCACAUUGAAAUGCUAAACGAAAGUUGCCAUGUUGUACAGAUGGAAUCUGGAUUGAGUGAAUGUGUUUAUAAAACAGUGCAUUUACUGGGGGAGAAGGGGGAGGGCACCCCCUCAGCCCCCAAUAAAACCCAGAGAGAUGAACCCUGAACAAACCCCAUGUUGUUCUAGGUUCAUGUUAAAAUGGACUCGGUUAUGUGUCAUGAGUGCUUGGAGACAAAAACUUCCAGCUUUGUUGUCAUUGGGAGUGGACAGUGCUGGUAGGGUUCAACCAGGCUGGGUUGCCAGUACUGGCUGAGGCCUUCCAGUGUAAUAGGGUCCUUUAAAUUCUACUGUUUGUGGUGUUUUUCAGCUACCAGCACACUAGACCAUGUAGCUGAUUUGAGUGGUAACUUCAGGAGGUCAUCUACCUCGAGGUGGGAUGGGGCAAACUCUUAAGUUCGUCAAGUUCAGCCACUGUUGCCAGUGUUGACACUGUUUAGAUGGUGUGGAUACAGUACGUUCCCAGAAGUAAUUUUUCAAGUCUUUCAAAUUAAAGUCAGGGAUACAAAUUCAUCAUGCAAAUAGAAGAUAAAAAUGCCACAUUCUGCUGUUGCAGGUAGCUGAAUGGUAGCUGAAGGAAGAAAACAGGUUUCUAGAGGCAGAUGGCCUGUCUGCAAGUAUCAAGCUUCUUUUACUGGUUACUAUGCAAUGUAGAGCUUUUGAACUUUUGCUUUUAGUUUAAGAUGUAGAGGAGCACUGUCCUUAUUCAGUAUUUAGGAACUGAUCACUCUCCCAGUCUCCCUGACACUCAUGUAACAGGUAAGGAUAUCUACUUGCUGCUAUGGACUGUACUUACCUUUCAGUUUAUUCCUUUCUGUUUCUUGGACCCUGCCCCCCUUUCCCUUGGAUCACCAGAUACAGUUUUUACUGUAAACACAUCCUUUUUGGAUAGCUGUUCUUGUUCUUGCUACCCUCUCCCCCCUUCCUACCUGCCAGAGUGCUGUAUUACUGUAUAUAAACUGCCCCCUUUUAGUCAGAGUAUUUAAAGAGCUGCAGCACAAACACAGACAACUUGCUUUCCUUUCACUGAAAGAUUCCCUGUUACACUGAACCUUGUUUCCUUCACUGCUGAUGUCAGUUGUCUUUUUUUUCUAAACCGCACUACUAGAACCACUAGCAGUUUUAUGGAUGCCCACCGUCUUUUCCUAGUUAUCUUCUAAGAUGAGACUAAUGUUGGUUAUUUUAAGUGUUAAACCUUUUUAUUUUCCUGCUUGUCUUAUGUUUUUCCUCUUGCCAGGUUAAGAUUGCAGUCUAGGCAAAUAUCAAAUUAAGUUUUUUGUUUGAAGAACCAAUUCCCUAAAUUGUUCAUAGAGUAUUGUAUUUUUAGGGGAAAUUAAUUUUUAUAGCCACUAAACUAUACUCAUUAUUUUUGUACGUUUGCAACUUAACGACAUUUUUCAGAGAUGUGUCGCGGAGGGAACACUUAUUUUCAUGGCUGUUUUACUACUUUGGUAUGCUGUGGUUGUGUUGCUUUAGUACCUAGAAGCACAUACCUUGAUGUGCAGUGGAAGAGAGAGAAGAAUGCAAUAAAAAUGAAUGAGGUUUCAAUAAAAGGCCAUUUUUGAAGGCAAAAAAAAAAAUUACAAAAGCAACACUAACAUUUCCUCCUCCUUUAGAAUCCUACAAUAUAGAGGAGAAAAUGUGGUGUAAAAAUACAAAAUGCAAGAUGAGCACCCUUACUGUAAGCUAACUGUGCCAAUAUCGCUUCAGUUUGUAGUCACUGAUUGAUAUUUAGUUUUAAAUGAGAACAGCUUUUGAUUAAAAUAAGAAAAGUUGAAUGUCUGAAAAUCUGCAACAUGUUUAUUUGAGAGUUGUAAAUAAUGUAUACAGAUUGUUGUAUGUGAUGGGACAAAAUAUUUAAAUUCUAGGGUUUUUUUUUCCAAUAAGAAACUGAAGGCUGUUUAUAAGAGAAAAUAAAUAGCUAUGUUUGACCAUGAUUGUCUUUAUUUCCUUCUUGAACCCAUUUCUAAAUUACUUUCUACUUGUGGAUAGAUUUUUUCUGUAUAUUGUACACAUACGAACAUUACACAUACAAAUUAGAUAUUUUUUUUGUAAUUACCUUGUCUGAUUUUGUGAAUAUUUGUAUUGCAGGCAGACACAAUAGCAAUAAAACAACCUGAUACCCUUUUCA